UCAGGGGUUCUGCAUCCUCCUAGAGCAGAAAGAAAACUCCUCCUACAAACAUUAGCUGGUGCUUGACUGAACACUAAUAGAAGGCACAAGACUGCUCUAACUUCUGAUGAGAAAAGGUAUUAAGCAGUUUAUAUUUACUAAAAUAAUUGCAUUUCCAUGUUCUGUGUACUGUGGGAGACCAGAUAUAGUGAAUGCAGGGUCCUGGGAGACCAGAUAUAAAACUUGGGAGCUUUCUGGAGGAGGGAUGGAAUGGAGGAAAGGAAGCUCGGAUCUGCAUGUUUGAGGGACCCUGGUCAAUCCCCGGCAGGAGGCUGGGCAU